UACGAUGACGUCACGACGCGUUCAGGGGAAGCGUCGUGGUGAGGAUUGCGGAGCACACAAUCAGCGUUGAUGAAUUUCUUUUAUGCGGAUGGUUUUAGAGUUUUAAUUUAUUUAUUGAGAGUUGUGGACUCCGGUUGGAAACUUUAACCUGUUUGGUGCGUGUUCGGCCAGUAUGUCUCUAUCGGCUGUGUUUGUGUUGGACCUCAAGGGGAAGGUGUUGAUAUGUCGUAACUACAAGGGUGAUGUGGACAUGGUGGAGAUAGAACACUUCAUGCCUCUGCUCAUGCAACACGACGAGGAAGGUCUUAUGUGUCCGGUGAUGUCGCACGGCAACGUUCACUUCAUGUGGAUCAAACACAGUAACCUCUACUUGGUGGCCAUGACAAACAAGAACUCUAACGCCUCACUCGUGUACUCCUUCCUCUAUAAACUUGUUGAGGUGUUCACAGAAUAUUUUAAAGAACUGGAGGAGGAGAGCAUUCAGGACAACUUUGUGAUCGUCUAUGAGCUCCUGGAUGAGCUGAUGGACUUUGGAUUUCCUCAGACUACUGACAGCAAAAUCCUUCAGGAGUACAUUACACAGGAAGGGGCAAAACUCGAGGUGGCCAAGUCAAAAGUGCCGACCACGGUCACCAACGCUGUUUCCUGGAGGUCUGAGGGCAUCAAGUACAAGAAGAAUGAAGUCUUUAUUGACGUCAUAGAAUCCAUUAAUGUGUUGGUGAAUGCAAAUGGCGGUGUGAUGAGCAGCGACAUCGUGGGCAGCAUCAAACUAAAGACCAUGCUUUCAGGGAUGCCCGAACUACGACUCGGUCUCAACGACCGAGUGCUCUUCGCGCUCACCGGACGGGACAAGGGCAAGACGGUGGUAAUGGAAGAUGUGAAGUUCCACCAGUGCGUACGUCUGUCACGCUUCGAGAACGACCGCACCAUCUCCUUCAUUCCUCCGGAUGGGGAGUCUGAGCUCAUGUCCUACCGCAUCAAUACCCAUGUGAAACCACUGAUAUGGAUCGAAUCAGUCAUCGAGAAGUUCUCUCACAGCAGAGUGGAAAUCAUGGUGAAGGCAAAGGGACAAUUUAAAAAACAAUCGGUAGCAAACAAUGUGGAGGUGAGGGUUCCCGUCCCCAGUGAUGCCGACUCCCCAAAGUUUAAAACCAGCACGGGCCAUGCCAAAUAUGUACCGGAGAAGAACAUGGUGGUGUGGACCAUCAAAUCUUUCCCAGGAGGCAAAGAGUUCCUAAUGAGGGCUCACUUUGGUCUACCCAGUGUGGAAAAGGAUGAGCUUGAGGGCAAACCUCCCAUUACUGUCAAAUUUGAAAUCCCUUACUUCACAGUUUCUGGAAUACAGGUGCGGUAUAUGAAGAUUAUAGAGAAAAGUGGUUACCAAGCAUUGCCGUGGGUCCGGUACAUUACGCAAAGUGGAGAUUACCAGCUGAGGACAAAUAUCUAAAGUCUGAGGAAAAGGGCAUUUGACAAUCCAUUGAAAUACUCGACUGAGCGACUGCCUUUUCAAUUUCACCUUAACUAUUUGAUGUUUCUGAUCUUGAAUAAUAAGAGGAUUUAUUGUUAUGAAUGUUGAAAGCUUCUUGAAACAAAUAAAGCUUUGUACCAUUUCCCUUGAAA